CGAAAACCCGCUUUCAGUGUCUUACGUUGCGGCAGAGGACAAAGGUUUCACCCGCCCACCAGCGUCACCCAAAGCCAUCAAGAUGACCUUUCUGGAGUUUCUACUGCUCCUGCUGGUACUCUACUACGUUGUCUACGUGCUCCUUUGGAUCCUGCUCGACUGCAAUGUGGCGCUGUGGUACAAAUCCCGCUUCGGAGUCUCCUUGACGUCGAUGCGCGGGCAGGUGGUUUGGAUAACAGGUGCCUCGAGCGGAAUUGGAAGGGCAUUGGCUCUCAGUUUGGCCAAACAUGGAGUGAAAUUGGUGCUAAGUGCCCGGAGGAUUGAGCAACUGGAGCAGGUUCAGGAGGAAUGCCUGGCUGCAGCCCGAGGAUUGCUGGCCACCAAGGAUGUGCUGGUCAUACAAAUGGAUAUGCUCGAUAUGGAUGACCAUAAAACACAUCUCAACACGGUGCUCAAUCACUUUCACCGGCUGGAUGUCCUUGUCAACAAUGCGGGCCGAUCCCAGCGAGCCAGUUGGACCGAAGUCGAGAUUGAGGUGGAUCGGGAGCUCUUCGAACUGGAUGUCUUUUCCGUGGUUCAUCUCAGCCGCCUGGUGGUUCGCUACUUCGUGGAGCAGAAUGGCGGUAGAGGUCACAUUGCUGCCACCUCCAGCAUCGCCGGCUUCAGUCCGGUGCCAUUUUCACCCACCUAUUGUGCUGCCAAGCACGCUCUGAAUGCCUAUUUGCUCUCCCUGAAGGUGGAAAUGCGUAAGCUGGAUGUGUCCCUCUUUGCACCUGGACCCAUUGCCACCGAUUUCCUGCAGGAGGCCUUCACCGGCGAGCAGGGCGGUAAAGUGGGUCUCAGUACGGCCAAUCAAAAACGGAUGACAGCCCAGAGAUGUGGUGAUCUCUUCGCCGUUGCCCUGGCCAAUAAGAUGGACCUCACCUGGUGUGGUCUUUUCCCAGUCAAUAUGUUGGCCUACUGCGCCCGCAAUCCCACAUUGAGCAAGAUUCUGGCUCAGUUCAUGACCGAGAAGACGCUGAACAAGAUUCGCGAGGGCAAACUGUGAGAAUAUCAGUCGUGCGCCACGCCCUUGCCCUCUCCCUCCUUUUAACGGCUCUCAGUCAACUUUUAUACUAUUGUACAAUGUUUAACAAUAUAAACAA